CAUGGGUUCUUGCUCCAGUUGCCCAGCAGAUGAUGGAUGGUCCUCUGAGCAUCAGCAGCAUGCCCCCAUGUGGUUGGUGAAAGCUGCCCAGGUGCUUGAGAUGACAGGCAGAUUUCGGCCACAUCAGAUUUUGAAGGCUGAAGGUCUUUUGGCCAAAUGGAGUGCGAAUAAGUUUACCAUGUUUGUCUCUCAUCAAUGGCUAGGGUGCCACCACCCAGAUCCCGACGGAACACAGCUGGAAGAGCUUCAAGGCUUCUUGCGCAACCUUUUUGCCAAAAAGAUCAAAAUUGAGGCAGAUGUUAUUUCGCAAUUCAAUGGCCGCUCUCCGACAGAAGCAGAGCUUUCGCGUUUCAUUUGGUUGGAUUACUUCUGCGUUCCUCAAGUGAUGGAUGGACAUGGGCCGAAUGGACUGGCAGAGCAACAGUCGCUGUACAUUCAGAGCAUUCCAAACUAUGUGGAUAGUUGCAACUUGUUUGUCGCAUUAGUUCCGAAUGCCAUGCACAGCGAUGCAGGAUCACAGUGCAACAUGCACACCUGGCUAACAAGGGGUUGGUGCCGCACCGAGCUCUGGUGCCACGUCUUGUCCACAAGAUCCACUCCUAUCAUUGUGGUCAAGAGUUGAGAGGUGGCGGAGUUCCGAGCGCCAUUGUGGCACCGAUACCCAGUGCAGUCGGGUAUCAUCGCCCUUGACAAUGACUGUCAAUCUUGUUGCAAGAUCAUUCAGAAGGCUUUCGACCAGCAUCUCCCAAAGCUUCGGCAUGGCAAGAGCAUGACAACCUACCGUUUGCAUCUGGCACUUUGUGAAGAUAUGACAGGUCUUGCCAAAAAGCAUCGCAGCCUUGAAGAAUUCCUUGUGGAUUUUUCUUUCUCCAGACCUUUGGCACAGUACCAAGGCUUAGGCCCGGUGGCAUGCGCUGCUUUGUCGGGAGAUCAUGAGCUUAUUCGUGGCCUUGCACUGCACUUGCCAAAGCUUCCCUCCAUACUCGGGCACCAAGUAUGCCUGAGGUCUUCAGCACCGCAGGCCUCACGCCUUUGCAUUUAGCUGUGUGGUUCAGAAGCCGCGACCUGAGAGUGUUGGAGACUUUGCUGGAAUUACGAGCAGAUCCCACGACUCCACCAUGACUGCUGCGCCGCCCUUGGGGUGGUGCAGCAGAAAGGGUGCUGUGGAGCUCCUGGUUCGGCAUGGUGCAGGGGUGAAUGCCCAGGUCAAAGGUUUUUCGAAAUUUUGUCCCAUCCAUGCAACUGCAGCCACGGGAGCUCCAUGCGACGUGGUCACCAAGUUGCUGGAGCUCCAAGCUGAUGUGCAUGGGGGAAAAGGAGGACUUGCCAGUGCCUCACCUUUGCAUUUGAUCGCACUGUGCGGCGACUCUGGCAACGAACUGAGGAUGACACAGCUGCUCCUGAAGAGCAGGGCAGACAUCAAUCAAGUUUGCCAGCCAGAGGGCUUUAUGAGGAAAGCUGAAUUGGUUUCCAGGGCUUACAGCCACUGCAGAAGAAACAGAAGAGAGCCAAACCUGCUCGUGCAAUAUUUCAGGGAUAGCAGCACUACACCGUUGGGUUGGUCUGUGAUCUUCAGCAAUGAUGGUCUUUUGGCUUUCCUGCUGAGGGCACGGGCAGACCCGGAGAUCCGGAACAACCGAGGUCUCCGACCCAUCGACUUUGCCACUUCCACGAGAAUCCAGCAAAUUCUUCACGACCCCACCACACAUAUCUACCUCCUGGAGCACAACUCUGAGCUCACCAGCGAAAGUCUAUGAAAGUCUAUAGCCCAACAGACAUUGACAGAGCUCGAACCUGUGUGCUGUGUAAGCAACGGUUUCACCACGUUUCUUUUUAUCACACGUUCGUUCAUAAUGUACGGUGUACACGUGCCCCAGAACGUCGUCCCAUUUUGAGAUCCAGAAUGCUCACUCGUCGUUCUGGGCGUUUCCGAAAAUUGCGGGACCUGGAAAACUCCAGAUCACAGCCAUGGACAGCCAUCAUUGUUUUGUUUAGCGCCCAAUUUUUUGGACUCUAAUUCUUGUUGGCACGCGGC